CUCAAGUGGCAUUGAUGCUGCUGGGCUUUACAGUAUUCUGCUUGCAUGUGCUUCAGCUCUUCCACCUCCUACUCAAGUACUCGCAUGUGCAAUCACAUCAUCACCACCACAUCACCACACCUUCAAAAGGUUUCCGCAUACAAUCUGAUGACGGAGGCCUAGAGCUCACCCAAUUGGAUUGAUUGAAAAAUCAAUCACCACAGACCAUUUACCUAGCGAUACUACACUCCCGUGGAAAUAUAUUUUAUGCGGAUGUCUUUUGCAAAGUUGUCCUUUGCAGGCCUUGCCCAACCGCUGUCCCCAGGCAGGAAAGCACAAGAUGAAAGGGGCAGCCGAGCAGCGAGGGCUUACUCGGGAAUUGUUUGUCUCCGAGCCUUAGGUACUUAAGUACUCAAGUAGGCAUUCGGCAACCUCAACAGCAGUGCUAAGUACCUAGGUACUCUGGACAUAAGAUCCAGCGUUUGCAUCCAGUAUAAACCCCAUGUUUCACUCCCUUCAGCCCCACCAACAAUGCAAACCAUCUUUCGACCGAGACCUGGACCUGACUUCAUGGUCACCGUAUUUCCCAUUGAUGCGCACAGCCCGAGGAGACCAGUUGACCUCGCACGGCAGUCCCUACCUUCCAACCCAGGAUCUCGGGACAGUCCCGUCCAGAACAAAAGGCCACAGACUACAUUUCUAUACAUUGGCCGGCUCUGACUGCAUCUAUUUGACAAGAUGAGGAACAAGCUCACCGUCAUCUUUUCCAUCGCGCUAGCCGCGCUGCUUGCUGUUGCAAUGCAGCCCGACUCCAUCGACUCCACCCCGGCCUUGGCUGACAAGGCGACGGAUGCGUACGGUUGCUUCAGGCAAGGCGAGCUGUGGAAGGACUUGGGUACAAACCAGUCUAUCUAUGCUGCCUACGAUGAACAAUGGUGCAGAUACCGUGUCAUGAUGUGGUCAGUCGGCAGCACGGACAACCUUUGCGUCCGCUAUUCGCCAAUUCAUCACGCCUUUAAAGUGAAAUGGGUGAUCACCAAGGUUCCUCACGGACAAACCAAGGGCUAUGUCUCCCAUGACGUCUGUAUCUGCUUUCUUGAACAAGUUCUAAACCUCUGCGCCAAAGGCGGAACCUUGGACUUGAUGUGUGGUCCUGGAACGGAUGGAGGGGACGUCAUAGGAGCUGUGGUCACCGCCGAUCCCCAGAGUGCUGUCAACUGUUACGGCUGAGACAGCGAGAAGUGCAGACAUGGCCCGGUAAUCCGGCACAAGUGGAAAGCCGAGUUCACCAGGGUGGGCACAGU